UUUUCCUCUUAUUGUGAUCUUUCUUUUCUUGCUAGCUUGUUAAUUUGCUAGUUUUGAAGUAUAAAUAGUUGGGUACAAGUUAUGGUUAUGGCCACGGUGAUAGAGAGAGCUUUUGGUUCAAUUAUAUCUUCAAUUGCCUAUUUCUUUCGCUAUCGAGAUACGCACCCCAAAAGCGUCUAUUACCACAACUACCAGUACCACCACCACAACGACCACCACAACAUCAAACACAAAAUGCCCAAGAAGGGUCGUCCUCUUUCUUUGCAGACUGUGGAUCUCAAAGUCAGGAUGUGCUGCACUGGUUGUGAACGUGUAGUCAAAAGCGCCAUUCAUAAACUUAGAGGGAUUGAUUCAGUGGAAGUAGACUUAGAGCUGGAGAGGGUGACGGCGAUCGGUUACGUCGACCGGAACAAGGUGCUAAAGGCGGUGAGGAGGGCCGGGAAACGGGCGGAGUUCUGGCCGUACCCUAACCCGCCGCUGUACUUCACGUCGACCAAUGACUAUUUCAAAGACACAACAAAUGAGUUCAAGGAAAGCUACAACUACUACAGGCAUGGCUACAAUGUUGGGGAAAAGCAUGGGACCAUCCCAGUGACUCAAAGGGGAGACGACAAAGUCAGCAACAUGUUCAAUGAUGACAACGUCAACGCCUGUUGUCUCAUGUAAAUUAAUCAUAUAUAUAUAUAUAUAUGCGUGUAAAUAUAUAUAAAAUGGUGUGUGUGUCAUCGCCAUAUAUAUAUGUAUAUGUUACUAUAAUUUCUAUGUCUACGUACUUUGGCUUUAAAUAACGUUGAUUAUUGUUAAUGUUAUAUGGUCUUUCCACAUAUAUAUAUAUAUAUAAAAUAAAUCGUGCGCAUGCUGAUUUGUACGCAAUCAGG